ACCUGAGCCGCUGGUCUGGGGCUCGCGCGCUUGACCGUUGGCGGGUGUGGGGGCGGGGCGGAUGCAGUGUGGCCACGCUGUUCCGUUGAGGACGAGGCUGGUUGCGGAGCAAGGGCCUGGUGCGGUGCGGGGUGCAGGGUAAGGCGGCCUGAGAGCCACAGGGCUGCGGAUGGGAUGGGCCAGGCCGGGAGGCAGGGCAUGGGCGGUGCCGGGUGUCCCUGGGGCUCCUGCGGGAUCGCUGGUUCCUGCCACCCACACGGGUUUCCCGGGAGUAUGGGGUUCCUCUGCUUUCCGGCCUGUAGCGUGAUCAAGGUCAAGGAAAUCGUGACAGAUGCCCCGUUUGGGGGUGGUUUGCAACCUCAUCGAAACAUUCUCAUGUUGCUCUGUACAUUUCCAAUGUAUUACAUAAUAAAGACAUGGUCGCUUUUAGGGAAAAUGUCUGAAAAACUGAGAAGAUGCAGGAAGGAGCUGACUGCAGCCAUCGACCGGGCCUUUGAAGGAGUCCGCCAUUCCCAGGAGUGCCCAGGCCGGCAGAGGCCGGAGCCCGACGCCGCGCCGCUCUCCUUCCGCCGCCCGCUGGGCGGGCUGCUCUGCCGGAGAAACCCGCUAGCAGCCUGCUCGGCCGCUGCUCCUUUCGCUCCUGUCCUGUGUGCUCCCGAGAACGAGAGCCCUGCCUUUCCACCAAACCCUGCUCCAAUGAGUGCAAAGCCACAUGCUUUGUGCCCCCAAAGAAAACCUCUUACCAGCAAGGAAAACGUAUUGCUGCUUCCCUCCAUUUUGGCACCUGAAAGACAGUUGUGGAGGGCGGCAGGCGAUGGGGAUAACUGGAGGAAGGACGGUCUGAGGAAAGAUAUGGAGAAAGAUUUGAAGGUUGACUCAAACGUGCCACUCAGCAAUUCUAGCCAAGAGGUCACAAAGGAUGUGCUUGAUAUGAUCGACCAUACAAGCCUCCGAACUAUUGAAGAAUUAGCUGGGAAACUAGAAUUUGAAAACGAAUUGAACCGUGUGUGUGGCCACUGUGAAGAUUUGCCCUUCAAGGAGGAAGUCUGGGCCCUGCUCAUGGACGAGAGCCCUCAGAAGGCCUCCGACGCUGACCCCGGCAGCCUCAGGCAGGCUUUCGAUGAUCACAAUGUCAUCGAGACAGUUCUGGACUUGGAAGAGGACUACAGUUUGAUGACGUCUUUUAAAUACCACAUUGAGUAAGGACAGCUGAUUUUAGCUUUGAUUCUUUACAGCAGGAGGCUGACAUUAAGGCAUCUGUGUGAGGCAGCCACAGUCGUCAACAGAGGCCACGUUUUUCAGAGGGCUCACAGAACCUCAAUUACCACACCCUUUGUAACUUCCAGUUUUGUCCCUUUUGAGCUGAGAGCCCGUUUUUUUAAUUCUGUUGCUUUGAAAUGUUUCUUAUGGUUGAUUUUUUUUUCCCAUUUUUCUUGACAUCCAUUUUUAAAAUUUUUAUUGAUGUUCAAUAUACUCAGUACUCAAGGCAGGUGCAGGCAUGGGCCUUGGCCGUGUCUCUUGGUGCUUUUUUCCACGAGCGCCUGAAAAAAGUACCAUGGCUACACCAGGUGGUUUAGUGGACCAGCCCAUCCCAGGCCAGCUCAGCCGGCUCAGAGGGCCUGGGCUUGAGAAGGACCUCAGCCUCGGGCCCUCUGCUUACGCACUUUGCACAGGGCUGCCCUUUUCCUGCACGGGCCCCAGGCCCUCCUCAUGUCCAGACCAACCUCCCCCCAACCCGCCCAUCCCUGCCCCUUCCCAACUCACAGACCUCUUGGUCGUGUCAGAGGGGCUGGCAGCAUCCUUGGUCCCCUCCUUAUAGGACAUUCCCAUGAGGCCUCCCCACCACACACCCCACAUGAGACACCUGGGCCCUCAGUCAAGGGGGGUGGGGAGGAAAAGAUAAGCGCAGGUCCUGCCCACCCUCCUUCAUGCCUGAGCCUCCUCCAUCCCACUCCAGGCCUGGAGACCCAGAGCAGCGACCCUGCUGGGGCAAGAUGGGUGGGGAGUGAAGGAGGGGCCAGGCCACUGCCCUCCUGAGGUUGGCAUAGCACCCAGAGCUUAGCAGGGCGGGCUCCAGCCCCACCCCUGAAAAGAAAGGACAUCAUCAGAAAUUAUUUGGAUAAAUUUCUUAAAACCAUGAUUGAUGUUCUUUCAGGAAACCUUAUAAGCUGUUCGGCAAGGUUUGAUGCCUUGAAACUGAAUCUCAGGGAAGUGCCACCUCCUGGGCUCAUAGGGGAGGAUGGGGGUGAGGAGGCGGUCUCAGGGGUUGUUUGUAAGACCCACAGCCGAGGCAAAUCAAAGAGCUGGGGUGGAAGGCCCAGUGGCUGAGCCCCACCACCCUCCCCACCUCCUGGCCACCUUUUAGGCUAGUGACCUCAGCAAAGGGCAGGCUGCAGAGCUGGUGACACCCCUUCACCACAGGUCAGGUGAUUCCUCUGAGCUCACAGGUGGAGACUGCACACCCACUCCUUAGCAGGGCGAGGCCGGGCACCUGCCCACGCUCCAAGAACUAACCCUGGCCACUUUGUGGGGCGGGCUUCUCCUGCUUGGGGCAGAGGGCAGGACUAGGUUAACACAAUGCCCCUACUGGCCCCCCAACACUCAGUUCCUGCAGGAUAGCACCCUCAAUAGGAACUCACAGCCUGUGGAAUUGGGGGUCAGUUUCUUCCUCCUGAGCCGGAAGGACAGAAGUGAGAAGAAAUGCUCACAGCAUCCUCCACUGCCCUGCUCAGAUGGAGAAAGGGCUUUCUGGAUGGAGACAUGUUAGGCUACUUGAUAUUCAAAACACCAAGUUUCACAACAGUACAUUCCAAAUAAUAUGUGUUGCUGUGGAUACUCUCCCACAGUGGAGGUGGAGCUUAAAACCCACCCCCUCCCCAUCCCCAGAAUUGAGGGUGACUGGCUUCCACGGAAUAGAGCAGUGAAAGAGGAAAAUAGAUUUACAUGAAGAAACCUGGCAUGUGUUGUACAGCUGAAACUAAUUCUAAAAAAUGUGUAUUUCAUAAUAAAAAAUAAGAAAAAAAAGAAAAAAAAAAAAGAAGCCUGGCAGGCACCACUUAACCAAGUGCUGAAGGUGAACAGCAUCGUGGUGUCCCGUGGGUGUCCCCCAGCCCUGCCCUGAUAGGAUGCGAUGAGAAGGCGCUGUAAUUCGGUGGUGUUCUUACACAAACUCACAUCCCCGGUCUAAUGAGACAAAUGUCAGACAAGCCAGAUUGGGAGAUAUUCUACAGGACACCUGGCCAGUACUCAAGACUGUCAAGGUCAUGAAAAACAAGGAAAGACUCAAAAGCUGUCAUAGACCAGUGGAGACUUAAGGUGACACAAUGACUAAAUGCAGUGCGAUAUCCUGGCUUGCAUCCAGGAAAAGAAAGGACGUUAUGGAAAACCUGGUGAAAUCUAAAUAAAGGCUAGAGUUUAGUUAAUA